GUCCUUGAGUUAAUUAGUUGAAGACAGGAAUUAGUUGAAGACAGGCAACAUUGUUGCAACUUUUAAAACUAACCAGUGUUUCACACCGCACUGUAAAGGUAUGGUAAGAAGAGAGAUUUUGUUCACUACUUAUAUUUUAGUGACAUCUUGCAAGCCACGUUUGUUAGCUAGUUUGCUAAAGUUAUAUGACAACUACCUAGCUAGCUAGCUAGCUGGCUAACAUUACUGUAGCUAGUUAUAUCCAUUUUCUGUCCAUCCUAGUUAGUUACUGUAGCUAAUUGCUAUUUAAUUGGUACUUUGGUAGGCUAUUUACUAGUUUUGCAAAAAAAUUAUCUGCCUUAUUAUGUGACAUUUUGUGUUGUUGUUGUGUCUUUCAUGUGUCUUAAUUGAAAGUAAAGAUUAUAGUUUUUUUGACUGAAAGAAUUGCAGUGGAGAAAUGUCUAGGCUGAUGGACCCUCCACCCAAGUUCCUGCCACCAGAAUGGAGGCUUGCAAACCAAAUACAUUAUGGGAGUGCGGAGGCUGAGCGUUCACGCUCUGAGCGACUAACCGCUGAGAGUAAGAGGCUGAUAGAGGAGAGUGGCAUGGCAGCCAAACGCAUGCAACAGGAUGCCAACAAGAGACUGGGUAAGACGACAUCAAUAAGAAGAGAUGAUAACAGAAUCAGUUUCUAUCAAAGUAGUGGUUGAUUCGUCACUGUAAAUGAAUGGUCUUUGUAAUGACACAUACAUUACAUUACCACCCCUCAUAAUACCCAACCACACACCAUUCUUACCAUCCUAUCUCUUGUGCUCAGAGCAGAGAAUCCAUGACAUCAAGUUCUGGAGGACUGAGCUGGACCAGAAGCUGGAGGAGAUUGUCCAGGAGAUUGAGGUGCUGAUAACCUGUAAGAGCCGGGUGGAGAGAAGCCUGGAGAGCUGUGCCGAGCCCCUCAGAGUCGCCCUGCAGUGCCUGACUGAGCGGUGAGGAGUAAACUCCCAAUCAGUCAGUUGGAAAAUGCAGUGGUACACAAUUAGGUGGGAAGGACUCCGCUCACUGUUCCAACAGGGACCUAGAGUCACCAGACUAAGACCAACAGAUAAGAAGGAUAUCCUUCAGUACUAGUGUAACCUGGUCUCAGAGCAUUUCAUUUUAGUCUGUAUGUAAAUCCUAGACACUCCAUUUAUGUUACGUUUUGUAUGGUAUGUAUUAUUUUGUGGAUGUCCAACGGCCAUUUUGUAUGAUAUGUUACGAAUUACAAUUCAUAUUGUUAUAUGUUACGAAUUUGUAAAACGUACAAUAUGUUACGAAUUUGCAAAAUGUAUGAUAUGUUAUGAAUUCUAGCUAGGUGGCUAACGUUAGGGUUGGGUUAGGGUUACGUUUAGGAGAUAGGUUAGGGUUAGGGGAAGGGUUAUCUAAAAGGGCUAAGGUUAGGUGAAGGGUUAGGGAAGGGUUAGCUAACAUGCUAAGUAGUUGCAAAGUAGCAAAAAACGAGUAAAUAGUUGAAAAGUUGCUUAUUAGCUAAAAUGCUAAAGUUGUCCGUGAUGAGAUUCGAAUUCGCAACCUUUAGGUUGAGACGUUCGCGUUAUACCCUACUUUCGUUUUUGCCUUAAGUAACCACCUGUCUUAUGUAACCAUACCAAACCUAACAUAUCAUACUAAAUAGAGCAUUGCGGAUUUACGUACAGAAUAAUACGAAAUGCUCUGAGACCAGGCUGAGUAGGGUGGUAGCUAGAGUCACAGGGAGUAGUAGAUACACGCUAGUGGAAGUGAUUGCAAAAGUAUUCAUCCCCCUUGGCGUUUUUCCUAUUUUGUUGCAUUACAACCUGUAAUUUAAAUUGAUUUUUAUUUAGAUUUCAUGUAAUGGACAUAUACAAAAUAGUCCAAAUUGGUGAAGUGAAAUCAAAAUAAUAACUUGUUUAAAAAAAUUCUAAAGAAUAAAUGACGGAAAAGUGGUGCAUGCAUAUGUAUUCACCCCCUUUGCUAUGAAGCCCCUAAAUAAGAUCUGGUGCAACCAAUUACCUUCAGAAGUCACAUAAUUAGUUAAAUAAAGUCCAACUUUGUGCAAUCUAAGUGUCACAUGAUCUGUCACAUGAUCUCAGUACAUAUACACCUGUUCUGAAAGGUCCCAGAGUCUGCAACACCACUAAGCAAGGGGCACCACCAAGCAAGCGGCACCAUGAAGACUGAGGAGCUCUCCAAACAGGUCAGGGACAAAGUUGUGGAGAAGUACAGAUCAGGGUUGGGUUAUAAAAAGAUAUCUGAAACUUUGAACAUCCCACGGAGCACCAUUAAAUCCAUUAUUCAAAAAUGGAAAGAAUAUGGCACCACAACAAACCUGCCGAGAAAGGGCCGCCCACCAAAACUCACGGACCAGGCAAGGAGGGCAUUAAUCAGAGGCAACAAAGACACCAAAGAUAACCCUGAAGGAGCUGCAAAGCCCCACAGCGGAGAUUGGAGUAUCUGUCCAUAGGACCACUUUAAGCCGUACACUCCACAGAGCUGGGCUUUACGGAAGAGUGGCCAGAAAAAAGCCAUUGCUUAUUGAAAAAAAUAAGCAAACAUGUUUGGUGUUCGCCAAAAGCCAUGUGGGAGACUCCCCAAACAUAUGGAAAAGGUACUCUGGUCAGAUGAGACUAAAAUUGAGCUUUUUGGCCAUCAAGGAAAACACUAUGUCUGGCGCAAACCCAACACCUCUCAUCACCCCGAGAACACCAUCCUCACAGUGAAGCAUGGUGGUGGCAGCAUCAUGCUGUGGGGAUGUUUUUCAUCGGCAGGGACUGGGAAACUGGUCAGAAUUGAAGGAAUGAUGGAUGGCGCUAAAUACAGGAAAAUUCUUGAGGGAAACCUGUUUCAGUCUUCCAGAGAUAUGAGACUGGGACGGAGGUUCACCUUCCAGCAGGACAAUGACCCUAAGCAUAUUGCUAGAGCAACACUCGAGUGGUUUAAGGGGAAACAUUUAAAUGCCUUGGAAUGGCCUAGGCAAAGCCCAGACCUCAAUCCAAUUGAGAAUCUGUGGUAUGACUUAAAGAUUGCUGUACACCAGCGGAACCCAUCCAACUUGAAGGAGCAGUUUUGGGGUGAAUAGUUAUGCACGCUCAAGUUUUCUGUUUUUUUGGUCUUAUUUCUUGUUUGUUUCACAAGGAAACAUAUUUUGCAUUUUCAAAGUGGUAGGCAUGUUGUGUAAAUCGAAUGAUACAAACCCUCCAAAAUCCAUUUAAAUUCCAGGUUGUAAGGCAACAAAAUAGGAAAAAUGCCAAGGGGGGUGAAUACCUUCGCAAGCCACUGUACUCCAUCUCCAUGUGUGUUUCAGGCAGAGGCGUGUUUCCAUUGACCUGGUACAUGACGAGGUGGAGCGGGAACUGAUGAAGGAGAGGGAGGUGAUCGAGGGAGUGGCAUCACUGCUGAACCGCACCCUGGAGCAGACCAAUGAACAGAUCAGGUGGGUGAGGGGAGGAAGUGGUUCGUCACCACACACACACACACACGAUCACGUCUCACUAUCUCUGCAAUUCUUCUAAUGCAUGUUUCUGUUCUGGCUCCAGACUGAACCGCUCUGCAAAGUACUACCUAGAGAAGGACCUGCGGGACAAGUUCCAAGCAGAGCAGAUUGAUGGUUUCUGCUCCAUGCUCACAAACACCUCCCCGAAUAUUGACAACGUGACUAGUCAGACAGCACUCGCAGUACCAGGGUAAAACGAUGACACAUUGUCUUUGUGCAAUGUGGGGCAGUAGGAAAUGCAAUGAAGAAAAUGUAAUUAUUUCAAACUAAAGAUAAUAUUUUCUCUUCACCAAGCAUGCAGUUUCACCUGCAGCAAAAGUCAUAAUUAUACACGUAGAAAUAUAAGGCCUGUCACAAUGCUUUGUGAUGGAUAGUAGGUGCAUUCUGCAUACAGUAGCUUCAUUAGAAGCAUUAUUCCCUUCAGCCAGCAGAGGUCAGUGUAAUACCUCUAACCACCCUACUUAUGGAAACCUUUUCUACAGGUUAACCUGCCAUCCUUUCAUGACACACUGAACAAAAAAUAUAUAACAUUUAAUCCCUCCAAUCCUAGUGCCACUGUGACACCAGAGGAGUGGGAGACCUUCUCCAACAUCAACAUCCUCAAAGCAGAGCGAGAGAAGAACAAUUCCCUGUCGCUGAGGGCUCUGGUGGAGAGCCUCCUGGAGCAGACGGCUGCUGACAUGCGCAGGCAGCACAAUGCUACGGGCACUGCCCUCCGGCUGCAGGUCCAGGAGACCAAGACGGCCAAAGGACAACUAGAGGAGCACCUGGCAAAGGUAAGCAGGAAUGUGGAGAAAAACGUACUUUACAGUGCAUUCAGAAAGUAUUCAGACCCCUUCCCUUUUUCCACAUUUUGUUACGUUACAGCCUUAUUCUAAAAUGAAUUAAAUAUAUAUUUUUCUUAUCAACCUACACACAAUACCCCAUAAUGACAAAGAGAAAACAGGUUUUUAGAAAUUUUAGCGAAUAUUUAUAUAUAUAUAUAUAUAUAUAUAUAUAUAUAUAUAUAUAUAUAUAAAAAAGAAAACAGUAUUCAGACCAUUUGCUAUGAGACUCAAAAUUGAGAUCAGGUGCAUCCUGUUUCCAUUGAUCAUCCUUGAGAUGUUUCUACAACUUGAUUGGAAUCCACCUGUGGUAAAUUCAAUUGAUUGGACAUGAUUUGGAAAGGCACACACCUGUCCAUAUAAGGUCCCACAGUUGACAGGGCACGUCAGAGCAAAAACCAAGCCAUGAGGUCGAAGGAAUUGUACGUAGAGCUCCGAGACAGGAUUGUGUCGAGGCACAGAUCUGGGGAAGGGUACCAAAAAAUUUCUGCAGCAUUGAAUGUCCCCAUUCUUAAAUGGAAGAAGUUUGGAACCACCAAGACUCUUCCUAGAGCUGGCCGCCCGGCCAUACAGCGCAAUUGGGGGAGAAGGGCCUUGGUCAGGGAGGUGACCAAGAACCCCAUGGUCACUCUGACAGAGCUCCAGAGUUCCUCUGUGGGGAUGGGAGAACCUUCCAGAAGGACAACCAUCUCUGCAGCACUCCACCAAUCAGGCCUUUAUGGUAGAGUGGCCAGACGGAAGCCACUCCUCAGUAAAAGGCACAUGACAGCCCGCUUGGAGUUUGCCAAAAGGCACCUAAAGACUCUCAGACCAUGAGAAACAAGAUUCUCUGGUCUGAUGAAACCAAGAUUGAACUCUUUGGCUUGAAUGUCAAGCGUCACGUCUGGAGGAAACCUGGCACCAUCCCUACGGUGAAGCAUGGUGGUGGCAGCAUCAUGCUGUGGGGAGGUUUUUCAGCGGCAGGGACUGGGAGACUAGUCAGGUUCGAGGGAAAGAUGAACAGAGCAAAGUACAGAGAGAUCCUUGAUGAAAACCUGCUCCAGAGCGCUCAGGACCUCAGACUGGGGCGAAGGUUCACUUUCCAACAGGACAACGACCCUAAGCACACAGCCAAGACAACGCAGGAGUGGCUUCGGGACAAGUCUCUGAAUGUCCUUGAGUGUCCCAGCCAGAUCCCGGACUUGAACCCGAUCGAACAUCUCUGGAGAGACCUGAAAAUAGCUGUGCAGCGACACUCCCCAUCCAACCUGACAGAGUUUGAGAGGAUCUGCAGAGAAGUAUGGGAGACACUCCCCAAAUACAGGUGUACCCAAGAAGACUUGAGGCUGUAAUCGCUGCCAAAGGUGCUUCAACAAAUUAGUCAGUAAAGGGUCUGAAUACUUAUGUACAUGUAAUAUUUCAGUUUUCUUAUUUUUUAUACAUUUGAAAAAAAUUCUAUUUUUUUUUUUUUAGAAUAAUGCUUUUAGAAUAAGGCUGUAAUGUAACAAAAUGUGGAAAAAGUCAAGGGGUCUGAAUACUUUUCCAAAUGCACUGUAUAUGCAUAACCCAGGCCAUUCCCCCCUAUGAUUAGUUACUGAAGCGAUUCCCCCACAUUUUAAAUUACUGUCAUUUAGCAGACACUCUUAUCCUGAGCGACUUACAGGAGCAAUUAGGGUUACAUGCCUUGCUCAAGGGCAUGUCGGCAGAUUUUUUCACCUAGUCGGCUCAAGGAUUCUAACCAGCGUCCUUUCGGUUACUGGCCAAACGCUCUUAAACACUAAGCUACAUGCCGCCCUGUGAUUAGUUACUGGAAUGAUUCCCCCAUGAUUAGUUACUGGAAUGAUUUCCCUCCUUUCCCCCUAAAAAGGUUCUGUCAGAGGUGGCCAGCCAGGAGUGGAACCUGGAGGCCCUGCGCGUGGCCAUCGAAGACAAAGCAGGUCCCCUGAAGGUGGCCCAGACACGGCUGUCCGCCCGCAGCCAGAGACCCAGCAUCGAGCUCUGCCAUGACCCGGUCCAGGUCCGCCUGCUCUCCGAGGUCCAGGAGCUCACUGCACACAUCAAGAGGUGACGAUGCACUCCACAUUCCUUUCUACUGUACCUAACUCUUCCUACUUAUCUCUGCUAACCUAUCUAGGAUCUCUGACCACUGUUUUCACUUCAAUUACAACUCUAGCUAUUUUGUAGUACUUUACAGAUUUUUUAGCUCUGUAUGAAGUAGAAGUUUAGUUAUCCUGACACAACCCAGUGAUUAGUGAUUUACUAUACUCGUGAUUUUGUUAUACAAACAGGAUAUCACAGCUUUCAUUUCAAGUCUUUUUUGUUCAGUAGAUAAACCUAUCUCUGGUUAAGAUACUUUUCUAAAUGUAUUAUUGCCUAUUUGCCAUGAGUCUCCCAUUGCCCUGUGUCAACCCUGUGACCCCCAGACUGCGAGAGGCCCAGGCCCAGUCAGAGAUGGAGCUGCUGUCCCUGACCCGCUCCCAGCUGAUCCUGGAAGAGGAGAUCCAGGUCAAGUCCCACUCCCUCUACAUCGACGAGGUCAUCUGCACCCAGCUCCGCCAGCCCAUCUCCAUCCACAGCUUCUGAAUACCACUCCCACCAUGACAAGCCUGGUCCCUGAUCUGUUUGUGCUGUCUU